CUCCCGGUGGCCAGAAGUGUGCGUCCGCUGCGCAGCGGGACCAGGCGGGGGCCACUACACAUCGGCACGCGGGGGGAGAAAUCGGAGGGCGCCCCUCCCCCCUGCGGCCGCGGGGAACGGGAGCUCGGCCUCCCCGGGAGUACACGGUGCGGACAGACAGCGCAAUCAGGCGGCGCGAGCAGGCAGCCUGGCAGCCGGAUCGGGCCGGCGGCGGGCCACGCUCCCCCUGCAGCCGCUACCGGCUGCUGCAGAACGGCAGACAAGGUCGCGGAACGGCGCAGCGGUGGUUGGGAACGCGCCGAUGGGUGAGAGCGGGGAGUGGCGGUCGGUGCCAUCCCCUGCAAACGGUGCUGGCGGUUCUCGUAGAGUCAGGCAUGUACCUUCUAUGUAUAGAUACUGCUCACACAUACGAUUACGAAAUCGAUUGUGUUUUUGCUUUCCUUCGUUUUUCAACGAACUGGAGACUCUUGUUUACGCAAGUGCUCGCUCGGGCCAACCAUUAUGCUCAGAUCUUUGCACGAGCCACGUCUGGUAUUCUGCAGUUCCUUGCUUUUGAUGUUGCCGGUUACACGUCAGGUCAAGGACAUGUGGCGAGCUGCUCGGCCCUGACAGCCCUUGGGAGGUUGAUUUUUCCACAUGCAAGAGGAGCUAUUGUAGAGCACUUGUGA